AUGUCUGACAACCUGUUGAGUUUCAAAGCCAUUAUCUUCGACUGCUAUGGCACGCUCUGUGACUGGGAAUCUGGCAUCUACAACGCGCUCCAACCACUUCUCGCUCGUUAUCCUGACUCAGCAGGCAAAUGGACGCGUAAGGAGGCGUUGCUGGCCUUCACCGAGAUUGAAAAGGAUCUACAAGCUAAAGACCCGACUGUUCUGUACCGCGACUUGUUGGCGAAUGCGUAUACGGCACUCAACCACAAACUCGCCCAAUCAGAGUCAACUAUUGAUAUAGAACGCGAAAGUGCGGCCUUUGGAGCAUCAAUAAAAGACUGGGCUAUUUUUCAAGAUACGUAUGCUGCGCUGCGGGUCUUGCAGAAACACUACAAACUCGUCAUUCUGUCCAACGUCGACUAUACGUCGUUUGCCCAUACUCACACAAAGCUUUCUGGGGCUCCUGAAAGCGAACUCGCAGCGUAUACCCGGCCAUCUGGCUCAUCGCAAUGGCUACCACACGGUUCAAACUCGCCAUUCUCGUUGAUAUUGACCGCCCAAGACACGGGUGCCUAUAAACCUGAUCCGAAAGGCAUGCGUUCUGCGUUGGAGAUUAUUCAACGCGAAUUUGGGGUGGAACCAGCAGAGGUGCUGGUCGUUGCACAAAGUUUAUACCAUGAUAUCAACCCAUCCAGCGAGUUGGGUAUCACUGGGAUUUGGAUUGAUAGAGCGGGGGCGGUAAUGGGACUAGAAAGCAUUGACGAGACUCCAAAGUGGCGUUGGUCGUUCAAGACACUCGGGGAAAUUGCAGACAAAAUCGAAGUUCAGGCCCUUGCCACGCCUCUUGUGCGUUCCCUCCAUCCCCAGGCCGCCCACGCUCUUUCUCUCCCUCCUCCCUGUCCUUACAUGUCGUCCUCCCGCAAACCCACAGCGACAACGACCCCCAGCCCCAGUUUUACUGCCGCUGCAAUAACUGGGGCUCCACAUGCCAAUGCACUUGCUUUCGUCUACCAUAUUGACAUCUUUUUGCUCGCACUCGCAGCAACUCUGGUAUUCUACCGCUCUCCGCGAGCCUUUGCUCGGCUAUGGCGACUCUCUGAAUGGUCCAACGGCCAUUUGCUCCGUUAUCGUCAACCACGAACACCUCCUUCCAUAGUCGUGAGCAGGGGCUCUCUGAGAAGGAAUAACCAUCCUACAACGAAGGAACUUGACUCGGAACUAUCUCACUCGCAUGUCCGUCACGCGCAUCGAGUAAACUCCAGAGGCGGUUCCGUGCAAGUCGCGUAUCCACCUCAUGUUGCAUCCACCAUGACCCUUUUACGACCACUCAUCUCUCCCCUCAGCACGCGUAUUUCCCCUGGAUUUACGUUUGCUCAAGUCCUUGUCUUGCUUGUCUAUAUGUCCGUCCUCAUCUACCCACUUUCUGUUGCGACCCCCGGCCCUUUUGUUGACCUCGAUCGAACCGCAUGGAUUGCGACUUCCCAACUGCCGGUGGUCAUUUUGUUUGCUUCCAAGAACAACGUACUGGGCAUGCUGCUUGGAGAGAGCUAUGAAAGCCUCAAUUUUCUGCAUCGGUUUGCGGCUAGAGCUUUUGUCCUUUGCUGUAAUGCCCACGGCCUUGGAUAUAUCUUCCAAUGGUGUCAAGAGGGGGUAUUCAAGACAAAGAUCAGAAUCUUUGCCCAAACACACGGUCUGCUAGCCUUGACCGCUGUCAACAUGUUGUUUUUCUUUUCGACCUCAUUCUUCCGCGCCAAGUACUACCGUUUGUUUGUCAACACUCAUUUGCUUGGGCUGGCCACUCUCUUGCCCGGAUUGUGGUUCCACAAAACCCGACUUCGGCCGUUUAUCUACGUUGCGCUCGGGUUUUACGCGCUCGAUCACGCUCUACGUCUUCUCAAGACACGUACGCACAUCGCAACUCUUCGACCGCUCGCUGACAUGGGCGUGACACGUAUCGAGAUCCCUCAGAUCACGGCUGGUUGGCGGGCGGGCCAACACGUGCGCAUUCGAGUGCUUACCGGUGCACUUGGUGUCUUUGGAUGGGCGGAAAGUCACCCGUUCACGAUCGCCAGUAUGAGCGGAGCCCAAGAGGGACUGGUUCUCAUGGCAAAGAAAUCUGGCGAUUGGACGACCAAGCUGUUUGAUUUCGCCAAGAGCGGUGGUUUUACCGCGGCUGGUGUCGGCAGGAAUGUCCGUGUCGUCGUGGAAGGGCCCUAUGGCGGACCUGGCCAUGCAAUGUUCAACAGCUACUCCUCAGCAGUUUUCAUCGUUGGUGGUUCUGGCAUUUCUUUCGCCCUCUCAGCCAUUGAGGAGCUCGUGGAUCAAGACUUGCGAGGGCAAUGCCGUGUCAAGGUUAUUGAGCUCAUAUGGACGCUCCAAGACCCUGCGGCUCUCCUACCACUCUACACCCACUUCAACACGCUCAUCGAACGCUCUGUUUUCACUCGCAUCCGGAUUUCGGUGUUUUACACCCGCGCACCAAUUGGCAAGUUCCCAUUCGCCGAGUCCGCCUUCCCAACGACCAACCUGACCCUUUCACCCGGCCGACCAAGGUUUUUAACCAUGCUCGAAAACAGUAUCGGUCGAACGGUGAAGCUUGGGGCGGCUGGUGGCAAAGACGAGGAGAGAUUGACUGGAAUACUGGUCGCUGUGUGCGGGCCCACCAGUCUUGCCGACAGCGUUGUGGAAGCAGUAGGAAAGCUAGAACCGUUAAGAAAGGACCAAGUCGGUGGUGUGGAGGUUCAUGAGGAAGUUUUUGGAUUCUAG